UCCCACCCACCCUCUGCAGGCUCGUGGAGGAGUUCAUGCUCUUGGCCAACAUGGCAGUGGCCCACAAGAUCCACCGCGCCUUCCCCGGGCAGGCCCUGCUGCGCCGGCACCCCCCACCCCAGACAAGGAUGCUCAGUGACCUGGUGGAAUUCUGCGACCAGAUGGGGCUGCCCGUGGACUUCAGCUCCGCAGGAGCCCUCAAUAAAAGCCUGACCCAAACAUUUGGAGAUGACAAGUACUCACUGGCCCGGAAGGAGGUGCUCACCAACAUGUGCUCCCGGCCCAUGCAGAUGGCACUGUACUUCUGCUCGGGGCUGCUGCAGGACCCGGCGCAGUUCCGGCACUACGCGCUCAACGUGCCCCUGUACACACACUUCACGUCGCCCAUCCGCCGCUUUGCCGACGUCCUGGUGCACCGCCUCCUGGCUGCCGCGCUAGGCUAUAGAGAGCAACUAGACAUGGCGCCCGAUACCCUGCAGAAGCAGGCGGACCACUGCAACGACCGCCGCAUGGCGUCCAAGCGCGUGCAGGAGCUCAGCACCGGUCUCUUCUUUGCCGUUCUGGUCAAGGAGAGUGGCCCCCUGGAGUCAGAAGCCAUGGUGAUGGGCGUCCUGAACCAAGCCUUCGACGUGCUGGUGCUGCGCUACGGCGUGCAGAAGCGCAUCUACUGCAACGCACUGGCCCUGCGGUCCCACCACUUCCAGAAGGUGGGAAAAAAGCCGGAGCUCACACUGGUCUGGGAGCCUGAGGACAUGGAGCAGGAGCCAGCACAGCAGGUCAUCACCAUCUUCAGCCUGGUGGAGGUGGUCCUGCAGGCAGAGUCCACAGCCCUCAAGUACAGCGCCAUCCUGAAGCGGCCAGACACCCACGGCCACCUGGGCCCUGAGAAGGAGGAGGAGGAGGAGGAGGAGUCUGAUGGUGAGCCCGAGGACUCAAGCACCAGCUGAGCUCUGCCAGCCGCCUCCCCACCUGCCUGUCCUGCCACAUUGGCUUUAGGAAUAGGACCUACUGACACAGAGGGGGAUUUUUAAUUUGGUUUUUAACAACUCAGGGGUUUGUUUUUACUUUUAUUUAAUUUUUGCAGCUCAACUUUUAAACAAACUGCAGGGGAGAGGGUGGGGCUGGAAGGAAGGCUGAGGCCUGGUCAGCAGUGACCCCAGCAGAGCGGGCCCCAGUCCUCCUGGGAGGCCGGCCCCCCUUUUUUCUGGGCCCUACUGCCCUCCUCUGCCCAGGAAAUGGGGGGUCUCUGCAAAUCAGUGUCACAGAAUAAAAUCAAGUGUGGAGUGCCA